CCAUUCGACGCUAAACCCCUGGACUCGCGCAUCUAUAGUCUUGUGCUGACAAUCUUGACGCAGCUGUUUCCCGAGUCUUUGAUCUCAUCACAUCGCAAAGCCGCAUGAGCCAACCUAAUUAAACGACCGUCAUGUCUUCUGAGACCGCGAACUCCUCGUGGCAUCCGGCUUUUAUGCCUAACGAUGCCAGUGGCGAUGCACCUUCGCGCGCAAAACCCGUCGCCUCCCCACCCCCAGCUUCCGACCAAAGCCAAAUCACCGAAGAUGCCGAGCAUGUAUCCCAACCGCAACACGGGAUCCAGCUCGAGGAAAAACCCGAAACCCCGACGAGUCCCUGCGUCGCCGAGGGUGACGAGGAAGAUGUCACAGACGAUUGGCCUGUCUUCGACCGACAGGCAGCAGACGUCCCGACCGAGUCUAACGCGGUCAACGACAAUUCUCCCGUUCCAAACACCACUGCUGAAUCCAAGCCAGCACCUCCACCUCCUUCUUCCGCAGCGGCAGAGGAGGCUGCUCAGGAGUCACGUACUGUUGCCGAGGAACCUAAGCCAACUGCACCUGCAAUGGGCCAUGUCAGCAACAACUCAUUCACUCGAACCGUUUCUCAAGAGUUCAACUGGGAUGAUGACCACGACCACGAGUGGACUCUUCCUCGAACCGAUACCGACCCUUUCGACUUUAUGCCACCGAGCGAUAGAACGAACUCGUUCCCGCCAGUGCCACCGGUUUCCGGGGCUUCCACUGCUGCCCCCGGCACAGAGCAGCCGCUUCCGUCUAAUCAAGCUGAGGACGUAAUCAAUGAGAUUGAGAACACGUCCGAGCACUUUGAUACCGGCGCUCGUCAGGAGACGAAUUGUGCAGUGACCGAGUCUCAUACUGAAUUUGGCGACGAAGGAAAUCACGACGAUCAACAUUACGUUGGCCGUGAUGCGACUUUCACCGAAGAGGAGGAUUUCGGUUCACGGUACGAAGAAGGGGUUCCAUUGAUUCCCCAUCCGGAGUCCAAUGAGGAAGCGUCACAAACCUCGCAGAAAGUGCCGGGUUUUGGAGAAGAGGAAACUGGCGAGGAGGACUUCUUCAGUCAGAUCCAAAACUCCAACGUCGACGAUGACUUCCCAGACUUUGCUAAAAGCCAGACUCUGGAGCGUAAAUCUACCAUGCAAGCCAUGGGCGAUAUGAAAACUACAUCGUCCAGAGCUGACACUCUGGGAGAAAUGCUUGAAGAAGACGACGAGAACGAUGCAGCAGCUACAACCCAGCCGACAGACACCACAGAUGACCCGAAGUCGACUCCUGAGUCUACCCAGCCUGAAGCUGCCGAAGCAAUGCCAACGGAUGAUCUUGCUGCCAAGUGGGAAGAAGCCUUUGCGGACGAUGAUGGCGAGGACUUCUUGCUCGACGACACCCUCGACGAGAACGGCGAAUCCAAGCCAGUUGACCCUUCGGCAUUUUUUGGGAGCGACGACGAGGGUUUCCUCGAGGACGAAGAAGAGUCUCAGCUUCCGCCUUCCUCCGUGGCACCCUCUCAGGCACAGCACCCCGGCCAACAAGGGCGAUACAUACCUGCUGCCGCACCUCAACAAGCUACCCCAUCCCCUUACGCUCCGAGUACGCAGGCAGUGCCGUCUCCUUACCAACCUCAGACAGGAACUGCGCCUUUUGCGCCGGUGGCUCCAUUCACAGCUCAGCAGGUGCCCCCCGAGCCUCCAAAAACACAAAGCUUCGCAGCACAGUCCAAAGGCGGUUACACGUCCCCAUACGAUCUUCCUAUGGAGGUGGUUAAGCCGAAGAAGAGGGCUAGCACACAGCAGCUGCCACGGAGCCCAUCGGCUGGGCCGUCGUUAGCUCCCCCUAGAAGCGCCAGCAUGCAGUCUCACACGCCUCCCCCACCAAGAGCUGCUACAUCUGCUACCUCGCCCUCGACAUCGGGCCACUCUGUGCAGCCUCCAUCGACGGGGAACAAGGGCCCACCGCCACUGCAAAACAAAGGCAGCUUCUUUGAGGAGCUUCCGUUGGCUUCGAAGCCUCGGUCUGCAUCGCGACAGAGCUACCGCGUCUCUUCGCCUUCUUUGGCUGGUCCUUCUGAACCUCUCCAGCCCCCUGCUCAGCCUCAGCUUGCCCCAUCGCCGUUGUCGCCGCCUAUGCUCUCACCUCCGGGUAUGUCCCGCUCAGCAUCUGGGGGCAUUGCAAAUCUAGUACCUGGUGAGCGUGUCAACCCCUAUGCACCUCAAACGGCGCAGCAGCAGGCCCAUGGCAUUCCCAGCAACGCCAGGUACUCGCCUGCCCCUCCACCCGCCCCGACAGCCAAUGGAACCAGUCGACCGUCAUCUUCAAGCAGAUACUCGCCCGCACCUACGGCUGCGAGACCCUCUGUGCCUGCUUUCGCGUCUCCCACUGUUUUGCCACACUUACCUAGGACUUCCAGUCCCCUCGCUCACUUCGAGGUUUCUCGCGAAGCCCCGACAACCAAUGGAGACCAUCCUCCGCCCGAUCGAAGGUCGAGCUACAGCCUCGAGCCCCGCAGAGUGCCAUCACUCCCUACAACGCGCGAGGUUGAGGAAGAGGAUGAGUCGAAGAUCUCGCAACCAGGUCAACCUGCCAACGGCGUACCUGCAGAGUCUCGCUAUAGCCCGGCGCCCGCGAUGGCCGCAAGGCAGACCCCCCCGCCAUUCUCCCACGGUCCUCCUAUGAACUCCACUUUGUCGCCUUCAAAGAGAUCUUCAGGUUAUCUACCACAAGCCGCCCUCCACGAUUCCCCGCCCGACAACAGAAAUGCACCACCACCACGGUCACAAACGCAGUCACCAGGGUCAUUUCAUGGAGCGCACCCAUCAUCCCAUCCUGUACCUCGGCCGCCUUCGGUCCAGAGCCCCCCAUCACCCCGAGCAGGCAGAUCGUCACAUCCGGUACAAGCUCAUGCAUCUCGCCCUCGUGGACCCUCUCAAACCUUCAACAUGGUUGCGCCGACCGACGGCCGUGAAAACGAUCCCCUGCAGAGAUGGAAGGGCGCACCGAUUAUCUCGUGGGGCGUUGGCGGCACCAUCGUCACCUCGUUUCCCAAGAACGUACCGCGUUACGGCAUAGGCUCAACAGCUCCGAUGAUUAUCCGUAGCCCAGGGGAGGUUCAUGUUAAGCAUGUUAAGGACAUCCAACCGCCUGAAGAACGACUGGCGAAGUUUCCAGGCCCCCUGCGUGGAAAAUCGAAGAAGAAAGAAACAGUCGCCUGGUUAACCGCAGGCAUAGAGGCUCUCGAGAGGGAACUGCCCGAGGUUCCCUUCCAAACCCAGUUGUCCCAUGAGCACAAACGUAACAUUGAGAGAGUUCUGCUUUGGAAAAUACUCCGAGUCUUUGUCGAACAUGAUGGCGUGUUGGAAGGCACUGCAGCGGUUGACAAGGCUGUUAGAGAUGUAUUGGCUCCUGGCCUCACUGCCGAUGAACCCGACGGUGCGACGGGCUACGGUGCUGGCAUCAGCGGCGUCGAUGCGAUCCGUGAGCCUUCUUCGGGCCAGAUGAUGGCCGAUACCGUGGAUUCGUCCGUUAUGGACCAGAUUCGAAAACAUCUGCUGAUUGGCGACCGAGAGAAGGCAGUUUGGGUCGCUGUCGACAAGCGACUCUGGGGACAUGCCAUGUUGAUCUCCAAUACUGUGUCCCCGGAUCUCUACAAGCAGGUUGCACAAGAAUUCGUCAGGAAAGAGGUGAACUACCCCGGGCAUAACAACGAGUCUAUCGCUGCGCUGUACAAGGUUCUCUCUGGGAACCAUGAUGAUUGCGUCGAUGAAUUAGUUCCCGCCCAUGCCCGCGCUGGUUUUCAACUUGUCAACACGGUUUCGUCUACCGGGCCGACCAAGAAUGCCACCGAAGGACUUGACAAAUGGUGCGAGACCCUGGGACUAGUGCUGAGCAACAGAAGUCCCGAGGAUAUCCGUGCCCUGAAUGCCCUGGGUAGCCUGUUGUCCUCGUAUGGACGAGCCGAGGCCGCGCAUAUCUGCUUCCUCUUUGCCAGGAAAGCCUCCGUUUUUGGAGGUCUGGACGACGCUGCCUCAAACUUCGUCCUUGUCGGAGCGGAUCACAAGACACAGGGUGAUCAGUUCGCAAAGGAGACCGAAGCUUUGUUGUUGAGCGAGGUCUAUGAGUACGGCCUGUCACUCGCAGGUGGCCCAGCCUUGUCUGCCGGCGUGCCACACUUGGCUGCAUACAAACUCCAACACGCCAUGACGCUUGCCGAGUAUGGCCUCCGAGACAAGGCAUUACAAUACUGCGAGGCCCUUGCCACCUCCAUCAACGCUCAAACCAAGAGAUCGCCCUAUCAUCAUCCGAUCCUGGAGACAGCUGUAGAGAACCUUAGAACGAGACUCAGGCAGGCUCCCAAGGAAGAGUCAUCUUCUUGGAUCACCAAGCCCAGCAUGAACAAGGUCUCGGAUACAGUUUGGAGCCGCUUCAACAAAUUUGUUGCUGGAGAUGAAAACGACGGUUCUGCCGCUGGCGCAUCAGCAGAGGGUGGUACAGAAUCUGGUCCGUUUGCUCGUUUGGCAGGAGGCACGCCCACCAUCAGUCGAUCGCCGUCAUUGACAAACUUUGAACCAAUCUAUGGAGCUGGUGCUCCGAGUUUCCCUGUUGGCUCUCCGCCUGCCACGGCCCCGAUCCCCGCUACAAGGGCUGCCUCCCGAUAUGCGCCGGCCACAUCUCAAACACCUGCGCUCUCCAGCUCUUAUGAGCCUGGUUCCGGGUACACACAAGGCCCAGCUUCAGUGGGACGCUCAUCGAACGAAUACUCUCGCAGCCCAUACGAACCUCGAAGCUCGAUGGAUUCACAGCCUGGCUACACAAACGGUGGGUAUGCUCCUCAGACUUCUGCUGCGCCAAUGCAGGGUUAUCCGUCGCCCACUUACGGCGGCACUCAAGAGAUGGCCGCUCCUGUGCAUAUGCAACCAAGCGCAGCUACUAUCUCUCCCAUGCUGUCGCCGAAAAAGUCGUCAUACCAGGGGUAUGAGCCGUAUGGCGCAGGCCAAGUGACGGCGGAGAGCCAGGCCGAAGAGUCGGCGGAAAACACCCAGCAGUCGAACCUGGCUAGCUCGGGUUACCAGCCGCCUUCUUACGGAUAUGAGCCACCGUCUAUAGCGCCCAACGAUGAGAGCGCAACACAGACUCAGGAGUCUGGUGGAGCUGGCGGCUAUGAGUCCUCCACUUACCAGCCGUACAGCUACGAACCUCCCUCGUAUAAUGCCGAGCCUGAUAAUGAUGAUGAAACCACCGAGCGCAAGCCGAAGCCCAAGAGUUUCAUGGAUGACGACGACGAUGAUAUUCCUGCCCUGAAGACGCUCAAGUCUCAAGAAAAGAGCAAAGCCGACAAGGACAAGGAAAAUGAAGAAAUGUUCAAGAAAGCGGCGGAAGAAGACGCCAAACGAGCAGCAGCUCAGCAGCAGCAAAAGAAGGGAUGGGGUUUCACCAGUUGGUUUGGCGGCAAGAAGGAGGCCAGUCCCGAGCCUCAGGGCAACAAGCCUGUCAAGGCCAACCUUGGCGAAUCCAGUAGCUUUGUGUACGAUCCCGACCUCAAGCGUUGGGUGAAUAAAAAGGCCGGCGCAGAAAUGACUCCGGCCAAGACUGCGACACCGCCGCCGCCAAAGGGUGCCCCCAGGUCCAACACAGGCACGCCCCCGCCACCUCGCACCAUGACACCGCCGAUGGGCCGGUCAAGCGCCCCCCCUGGAGGGCCUGGACUCGCCAGCACCCCGCCCCAAGACAGUCUUGGUAUUCCUCCAGGACCGCGACCGUCCGGCCUGAUGCGAUCCGUGUCAAACACGAGCACUGGUGGGCCUCUCGCCGGACCACCAAGCCGACCACCGACGAGUAUGAGCAAUGCCAGCAGCAUUGACGACUUGAUCAGCGCGGCAGGUCCACGCAAGCCGGGAGCCAAGAAGGCAAAGAAGGGCGGCCGAUAUGUGGAUGUGAUGGCCAAAUAAGGUGGUAGACCAGGAUUGCGAUUUCUAGACGCACAAGCGAGCGUAACUGGCCGAUUGAGCCAGCAACGGAAUGUUGUAACAUAGACUUUGGGGUAAAUGCAUUAUAAUGGUCCAUCGGAUGGAUCACUGCCCCUCCAAGGAAGGUGGGUGUCUCCGAUGUGGAAUGAACAGCCAUGGUGUACUAU